UGGAGGACUGCGUUAGGUGCGUUUGGCACGUCAGUGAGUUCGGACGAGUGGCGCUCAGUUCUCUGGAUGCCGCUUGGUUCAUAGCACCAAUCCCUCGGUUCUUCUUCUAUUUAUUUCUCUGUUUCCGUUAUCAGGAUUAACUAAACGUCGGCGUGAACACGCAGGAUUUGUUUUCUAAAAAGGUUACGAUGGCGUGGACGACAACCUUAUUAACGCUGUCCAUUACAGCGGCAGUGUCAAGAUCUCAACCCGUUCAGAUCACCGGAACGACGUCGGCACUCAUGUACUUAACGAAAUUCGGCUACAUGGAUCCAGCAUCGACGAAUCCCAAUUCAGGCGCUCUGCUCUCCGCGGAAUCUGUGCACAAAUCCAUCAUGGAAUUCCAGGCGUUCGCUGGCUUGAACCAGACGGGCCAACUGGAUGAUGUGACAAUCGAGAUGAUGAAUACGCCCCGUUGUGGUGUCAAGGACAAAGUCGGUUACGGUUCCGAAGCCCGAAAGAAGCGCUAUGCCCUGCAGGGAUCCAGAUGGCGUGUGCGUGACCUCACAUACAGAAUCACCAAGUAUCCUAAGGCUCUUCUCAAGGCAGAUGUGGACAGAGAAAUUGGUGCAGCUUUCAAGGUGUGGGAAGACGCCACCAACCUCAAGUUCGAAGCCGUGAACGGCGGCAAAGUCCACAUCGAAAUCCGCUUCGAAAGAGCCGAGCACGGUGACGGAGACCCAUUCGAUGGACCAGGGGGCACCCUCGCCCAUGCCUACUUCCCAAUCUACGGCGGUGACGCUCAUUUCGACGAUACUGAAACCUGGACCAUUGAUAGCUACAAGGGUACCAAUCUUUUCCAAGUAGCAGCCCACGAAUUCGGUCACUCUCUUGGACUGUCUCACUCUGACGUCCAGUCUGCUCUCAUGGCUCCGUUCUAUCGAGGCUACCAGAGGAACUUCAAGCUUGAUAAAGAUGAUGAAUUGGCUAUUCAGGCUUUGUAUGGAGAAAAAUCAACAAGACCCACUCCACCUACAGCAGCACCCACUGCUUCAAUUCCAGGAGAUGGCACUCUUUGCAGUGACGGAAGAAUCGAUGCUAUUGUUACCAUGUCAGACAAAAAGACUUAUGUGUUCAAGGGUUCUCAAUACUGGAAGCUCACAGACAACGGUGUUGCCACAGGUUAUCCCCGAUCCAUCUCAAGGGACUGGGGUGGUCUUCCCUCUAACCUUAAUGCAGCAUUCACAUGGACCAAUGGAAAAACUUACUUCUUCAAGGGUGGCAACUACUGGCGCUUCACUGACUUGGUCAUGGACUCUGGUUACCCCAAAUCUAUCAACAAAGGCUUUGCUGGAAUUCCUGACGACAUCGACGCUGCCUUUGUAUGGUCUGGCAAUGGCAAAAUUUACUUCUUCAAGGGCGGAGAUUACUGGAGAUUUGACCCCAGUCAGCGCCCACCUGUGAAAACAAGCUAUCCUAAACCUAUCUCCAACUGGGAAGGCCUUCCUAACAAUCUGGACGAUGCUCUUCAGUAUGAAAAUGGCUACACCUAUUUCUUCAAGGAUGGUCAGUAUUACCGCUUCAAUGACAGAGCCUUCCGCGUGGACAGCGCUGACCCUGCCUUCCCUCGACCUGUAGGAACUUGGUGGUUCGGAUGCCCAGCCUCGGGGUCCCAGGUGGCUACAGGAGUACAGCAUGACAGAGGGGAUGUCCCAUUGCCUAAUUCUGAUGCCCAAGAAGACACUCUUGAUGCUGACGGCUCAGAGGAUGAAAUUGACUACGAUGAUUUGGGAUUCCGAGUUGGAGCAGCCAAGAGUAAUGGUUAUCAGGAGGCUUUGGAUUCGUUUAGCCCGGCUUUCCUUCCCCAGCCUAUUACUCUUGUCCUGAGCGUCCUUGCAGCGCUUCUCCUCAGAACAUAAAGAGAAAGGAGUUAAGAUACGAAAAGGAUCAAGAUGCCAGUUGUAGUUCAAGUCUGAAUUCUUACCAUUUCAUGUUUUUCCACGGCCAACUAGACAAGAAGAAAAAGAAGAAGAAUAGAAGAAAAUUAUAUUCGAAGAAAUUCAUGUACAAAUUAUUUGUUUUACACUUUUUUUCCUAUUCUACCAAACCUUUAACUCACUUUCCUAACUCCUCAUCUCAUUUUCAUUGUUAUUCUCUUCUCAUAUUCUUUUUUUGAAUUGUAAUGUGUUAUCUGUGAUUUUUCUUGUAAUGACAUAUUUUAGAAAGUAGUGUUGAUAAUACAUGUCAGCACUACUGCUGUUUAAGAUAUUUAUUAAAUAAAGAAAUAAGGUAAAAUGUUAUAAGAUUUGUUAACAAUGUCUGUUGAUUAGGUGCAGUGACAAAUUAAUGUAAGAAUUUGCAAUAAUUGCACGACUGUGUUAAAACUUCCUUAGCCAACUCAGCAAUACAAGACGUGCCUUAUGAAGGCAUAUGUUUCUUCGGUCACAUGUGUUGAUGGAAAACUACUGAGCAUGUUUGGAUGAUCUCAUUUGCGUCACAAGGAUGGGUGGUAUGGUGUUAAUGGUCACAUACUUUCAGUUCAAGCAGAAUUGACUGACAAACGUCAGCAGACCAUGGGUCAUGAGGAAUCAACUCGACAGACGAAAGCCUUACAAAUAAUAUUUAAAGUAUUACCUGUUAAUAUCUCAUAGAUUGUUGUUUCAUGAAGCAAUCAACAAACUGUUGAUAGGAUCACUUUAGACAGCCUUUCGUCAACAGCUGAUUGUCUGUGACUGUCAUGAAGACAAAGUUAGGAUAGAAUCUCUUAUUGUGAUGAAAAAUGCCAAUAAGUAAUGAAAGACGUAGAGAAGAUUGUAAGUUAGCAUACAUAAUAGUGUAGAACAUUUUUACAACUUUGAGAUUUCAAUGCUCUUUAUCUAAACUGUUUACCUACACAAACUUUUCCCAAGUAUUCCAAGUACUGUACUUUUGCCUGUCCCAUUUCUGCAAAGAGCCAAUGGUUCCCAGUCGCCAGUAGGGAGCAGUGGCAUCAACUUUUCCUGAAUGUUCAAGUUUCUGCAUUUCGACAGUUCGCAAAAAUCGUGCAUAAUUCUUCCUCUCAAUCUUGAAUCCAUGUUUGAGGAACUUAGGCCUUUUCUAAUCCCCUUUUCAUGCUGAAUAUAAUACAAGUAGUUUUGACUAGACAAUUCUAAGUGAAUUACUGAUGGGGGAAAUUACGACUGCCUCGUCACUACAACAAUGUAAACAGUGUAGCCUUUAGGCCAAUUUAUUUCACCAAAGAAAUAGACUAAGACUUUUUCAGUUCAGUAUACAAGACUUUCGGUUUGCAGGAAACGACUUGUUUUUUUUAAUUAUUAUUAUAAAGCUUACCUCUAUUCAGUACAGGAAAAAAUAUCAGGUGUGUUUUGCAACGACAAUGUGAUAGAAUCAAUGAGAAAUAAAUGAUGAUUGUAGAAACAAUUCAGAAAGUCUCCCUAAUAUCCUGUGUGAGCAGAAUUAUUACAAAACCCGCUGCCUCGAGUGAACCCAUUAGACCUAAUCACUACUCAUACGAAAUUCAGGAAACUUAAGGGCAAUUCCUCCGGUUUUCGUCUCUAUAUAAGUAAGUUAUUGUAGGAAUUCUUCGAGUUCAUGCGUCAGGGAGAGUUGGCAAAUGUUCUGCGAGUGAUUUGUGUGAAUGUGAUUUCAAAAUGGUGCUGAAGUAUUUAUAAAUUCUUAAGUACUGUCACAAGUACCGCAGGAUGGAUUGAUAUUCCGAAUGGCAUUAGUAGCAGACUCUGCUACAAAGCUAGGAAAUGUUUCUCUAGAUUUACAAGCAAAACUUUCAUGAGACUGAGUACAUUCCUUCAUAUGUCCGAUUUACCUGAAUUCUCACUCACGAGCGUCAGUAACACUAACGUUGAAAUGGUUUAUUACAUGAAAGUAAUGAUAAUAUCAGUAUUGUUAAAUAAAGUCAAUUAAUAACUGUGGGGUUUGCUGAAGAUUUGUUAACAUCUCUUGGUUUUAGGAGAUAGGCAUUAUUUUGGAGGGAGAGAAACAGCGGAAAGGCUUAUCUUUCAUAAAUCCUGACUGACUCAAUUCGUUGGGUUUUUAAGUCUGAAAUAUUAAGGUUUCUACUCAGUUCAUUUGUUGUUGUAAAUAUUUUGUACAAAUAUUGCAUUGAUAGGGUUUGUGUACUUUUUUUGUAAUUAUAAUUAUUAUGAUUAAUAUUUUCAUUUCAUUCUUAUUGCCUGAGAGGAACAUUUUAUCUCUUAUAAUACUCUAUAAUAUUUUCUUCGCUAUAUCACCCUAUUAAUGAAUAAAUCUUUUUGUAUUA